AUGUUCCCCAAGUGUUAUGAUUCCUACAUAAUUCCUACAGUAUGUGCAUUCGACUUUUUUAAUUCUUAAGGAUAUUACAUUGAGGUAAGUGGGGUUUUGUUACAAAAAUCGACGUUGCUUGUUCCUUUUAAAUUUUGUUUGGAAGUUUUCAUUUCAGUUGCUAAAAUCAUAGAUGUAAGUGAAAGUUACCGGCAAAUUUAUACUACUUAUAGUGGACUGCGCAUUAGAAAAAAAUUUAAAAAGUUUGAAAAAAAAGUGCUACGAGGACUCCCAUUCAGAAGACAGUUCGGACUAAAUAUCAUAUAAAAAAGUGUAGUGCGAUUAAAUCAAGUGAUAAGAAAAAAGUUGAAUUCGAUUCGAAGUUUUGCAUGUAAUUUUGUUUCAAGUUUUUUGAAAAUUUCUCCCUAGAAUUAAGUUUCUUUAUUAUAUAUGACUUAUCUCAUUUUUUUUUGAAUUCAUAACAUCAAAUUUCGAAAUUCGUUUUAAUUUCUAUGCACGAAUCUCUUGAUUUUUCCAUUUAAUAAUAUUUUUUUCCUAAGGGAAAUUUUUCAUAUUUGCAUUGAAUAAAAUUUUUCCAUCUUCCGCCUCAAUUCGUCUCUAUUUAACUCUAAAAUAGAGAACAAGUGAACCGUGAUCUUGAGUAUUAUCUGUUCGAACUCUAUGUUGAUUCAACUCUUUGUAAUGCCCAGAUUGCCCAGGUCAGAUACGAACACAAUGGAAAAAUUGAAAGUUGUGCCUAUGAAAGUUUUUUUAAGCUACAACUGCAAUUUUGUAUCGAUGCUUAGAAUCUUGAUUGGAGGAGUUUUCAAUUCGAAAAUAAUUUAUCUGCUCAAUUAUUGAUGUUGAAACUGAUUUUUUUAAAAUGAAAAACCAAUCUAGUAGUUGCGUUCAUAAUUUUUUCCUACGUUUUACGAGAAAGUGAAAAAUCUUUUUUAAAACUUUUAAAUCGUUGAAAAUAUUGGUAAUUUAACACAAAAAUCAAUUGAAACUUCUAUUAUAAGUUUAUAAAUUUUUUUAGUGGAUAGAUAUGUCUUUCUUUAAAAAUUCAUAAAAUAUGUGAAGGAAUCUUUUAGAAAACAUAGUUUUCAUUUUCAAAGUUUUUUCCAGACGAAAAUUGUCUUUGAUUGUAAUAAUUUCAAAAAUUUCAAAUCAUUGUAAAAACCUCGAUCAAGUCUUUCUAAUAUUUGUAGUAACUUUUGAAAAAAUAUUAAUGCUUCAAAAUAGCAUUUUUGAGUUAUAAGUGAUUUGAAUAAAGUAAAUUUUUCAAAAAAUCCAAAACAGAUUCAAAAAUCUUUUUUACGAAAAUCAACUAUUCGAAACAGUAUCUAAUCAAAAUCUAAUUUAAUUAGAGUUUCUAUUCGAUAAGACGUUUUCAGAGAUGAAAAAAUAAUCUACCCUCCUAUAUAAUUCGCAAAGGGUCGCAAAUCGUUAUAAAAACACAUUUUUAAUAAACAACGGGAGAAUUUCUUUAAAAAUCUUAGGAGAUACUUAAAAAUAUCACUUAAUUACCCACCUCCCCUCCUAGGAGGCGUGUCCGAGGGGGGAAAAGGACCCGAGCGUCGGCGCGCGUUCUUCCCCUACGACGUCUUGUGUCAGUCGGCCGUCGGCGUCGUUCUACGACGCCUUCUUUAUCCCAAGGAGCGCCUUAAACCCAUGUCUUAGCUAGACGCCUUCACUUCUUCGGUAUCAUCCGUAGAGUAAGGACACAGUGUCUAGUCCUGUUCAGGAUACACGCUAUAAAAACGAAUAAUUUGGACUUAUACUGAACUUUAGUAAUAAUAAGUGAACUUAAUUAGGAGUUGGUGUUUAGUAUUAGUGAUGUGUUAAUACAGAAGUGGUUUAUUUUUAUUUUACUUUUUAUUGAAAUGGAUUAAUAUUAUGGGUCUGAAGACCAAGUAAAUGGAAUCACAUCUAUCAUCCCCCUUUCAACUAAACAGUAUUGACAUGGGUGACUAUUCUUAAAGUGGGGACGAUAAUCUGGAGGGGGACCUGCACGACCAAUAACGCUCCAACUUAUGAUGUCAUCGGAGGAGGAGACAGAGUUCGGUUUGUAUACAGAUAAGCUCCUGAAGAAAUCCAAAAGAACUAGACAGCGCGUGGACGCCGGCGAGCCGCGUAAUUCGUAUUCCUCGAUCCCGAACUUUAGUUCGCGACCGGCUUUUCUCGGUGGUGGUAGUAAUUUAUACGGCGCCAUUUUUACCCAACAGCAACAGUUCGGUCUUUUCGGACCGGGGUUCGCGCCCGCAAAAAUGUUGAACGAGCUUUUAGGUCGACAAAAGCCCGAAAAUGCCGCGGACGGUGAAGACGCGAAAUUCGAUAACGUUAUAAGAUGUGAUAACAGUCCUCCGAGUGGUGAACAACUUGCGCAUCAUAUGCUUCGAGAUAUUCUCCAAGGUAGGAAGCACGAACUUUUAGCAUUAGAACAGGAUAUGCGUAACGGGCAAGAACAUAUUAUGAAUAACAAUAACAACGAACCAAAGACAAGUCCAGAAAGAAACGACGUUAACGUAACUAUGAAAGAGUGUUUAUCAGCAGAAUCCGGUGAAAGACAACAAGAACUCAUGGAAGAAACCCUCAACGGUAUGGAAACUGAAUCACUUCCAUCUCCGAAAGUAGAACCUUCGAGUCCCGCAAAACCGGAAGACGCGAAGAAAGCACGAGUGGAAAAUAUAGUAACAGGUAUGAGAUCAAGUCCAGCACCACCUCAAGUAAACGGUUGUAAAAAACGAAAAUUAUAUCAACCGCAACAACAUGAUAGUAACGCCGAAAGAUACGUCGAUGACGACGAAGAAGAAAUAGAACCGAUUCGCCAAAAACGCGUAGAAAAGAAUAUUCUCAAAUCACAAUUGAGAUCUAUGCAAGAACAACUAGCUGAAAUGCAACAAAAAUAUAUGGCGCUUUGUACUCGAGUAGAACAAGGUUCGGAAGAAAGUCAAGAAAUCGAAGAAAUACCGAGCGAUAGUGAACAAAGUAAGAGAUCAGCUCCACCUUCACCGGUAACGACAAGUACUCCUACACCCAUUCCGCAACCGACACUAGCUCAAGAAGUGAGCAAGAUGAAGAUAAGUCCUCCAGCUCCUCCGUUCCACAACGGAUUCCUACACAAUCCGCAUCAGCACAUGAGCAGCGCCGCAGCUAUGUAUCUAGGGGUAAGUCACAAACUUUUCAUGGAACAAGAAGCUAGAUUGGCUAAAGAAGCGGCCGCUAACAAUGAAUCUCAACAAAUACAAUCGGCUCAACAGCAAACUCCUCCGAAACCCGAAUCUAAUCAUAUCGCAGAACGACUGAACAUAAUAAGACAUUUAAAUCCGAACGGUACGGAUUUAGAGGGUCUCGCUGACGCUCUAAAAAGUGAAAUAACGGCGUCGCUAUCGAAUCUCAUAGAUUCUAUACUAUAUCGAUUCGUUCAUCAAAAACGGUGUAAGCAACAAGACGCCGCCACGGCAGCGGAACAAUUGAACAAAGAUUUGAUGAUGGCCUCGCAGUUGUUGGAUAGGAAAUCUCCGAGAACUAAGGUGGCGGAAAGGCCUCAACCUCCUCAAGCUCCACCACCCAAUCAUCAGAAUCACAUGGUGAACGGCAAUUCUAGCGGUCCUACCAUGAUGCCUGUACCUAAUAUGAAUAAUAUGCAGAAACCUUCGGAACUUCACAUACGACCUCCGAUGUUUCAUCCGCCGAAACCUCCGGGAAUCAGCGCUCCAUUGUACGGCAUGAACCAUCCGUUUUGCGUUAAUAAACAACAAGAAACGCCAGAGCAAAACGAAGCGCUCAGUCUAGUCGUUGCUCCGAAGAAAAAACGCCAUAAAGUCACAGAUACCAGAAUAACGCCCAGAACUGUUAGCAGAAUUUUAGGACAAGACGGUAUGGGUAUGUCGCCAGCUGCUAUGGAACCAAACACAUGUACAUCACCUAGACCGCCCCCAUAUCACCAGCCGCCGCCGAUGUUGCCCGUCUCCCUUCCGACGUCGGUGGCGAUUCCCAAUCCAGGCCUACACGAAUCUCAGGUUUUCUCACCCUACAGCCCCUUCUUCCAUGGACCAAGUCACGGCCACCACAUGGCAAUGCAGGCUUCCUCCUCCCCGCCUCGAAUGCACAAGAUCGAACGAGAAUCACCGCCAAUUCAUCAUCCCCCAACCUUAUUACACCCCGCGUUAUUGGCGGCUGCCCAACAUGGAGCCUCCCCGGACUAUGGGCAUAUGAGAGCCCCAUCCAAUGGGUUAAACAUGGACAACGGUGAUAGAAAUUCAGACUGUAAUUCUGGAGAUAUUUCUUACGAUGGAAUGCAGCCUACUAUAUCCUUUUUAUGCAAAGAUUUUAGUAAAAAUCUUAGUGCGCAUCAUCCCGGUAUUUCCUUAACUCCUGAGCACUCGUCAACAUUAACACCGAUGCACCUCAGGAAAGCGAAGCUGAUGUUCUUCUGGGUGAGGUAUCCGAGCUCAGCAGUCCUAAAAAUGUACUUCCCCGAUAUCAAAUUCAAUAAAAACAACACUGCCCAAUUGGUGAAAUGGUUUUCUAACUUCAGAGAAUUCUAUUACAUUCAAAUGGAGAAGUACGCGAGACAAGCCGUCUCUGAAGGUGUCAAGAAUGCGGACGAUCUUCACGUCGGUGGUGAUUCCGAGUUGUACAGGGUGCUCAAUUUGCACUACAAUAGAAAUAAUCACAUCGAGGUAUGCGGCCCGCAGGUACCUUCAAACUUCAGGUUCGUAGUAGAGCAGACCCUGAGAGAAUUCUUCAAAGCGAUCCAAGAAGGCCGCGACGCCGAACAAUCAUGGAAGAAAUCCAUCUACAAGAUUAUUUCGAGGCUAGAUGAUCCUGUACCGGAGUAUUUCAAAUCUCCCAACUUCUUGGAACAACUAGAGUGACGGGUCAGUGAUAUCCGAUCAAAAGGAGUACCGGUAGGUACUGCCUGUUAGCGGUUCUCGACCAACAGGUCUUGACACCAAAGAGAAUCGGUGACAAACUGUCAACAAUUUCCGUUAUUUCCGUUGGUUUUGAAGACGUCGACGUUCGACAGAACCUCGACAUCUUUGAAUAUGUUCGGACAUGUGUUGAGAAUAGUUGUGUUAAGUUGGCAGAAAGACUUAAUAAUUAUACGCCUAUGGCUUUGCGUUCGUUCCUAACGAACAGUGAAUAUAAAUCAAUCAAUUCUACAGUGAUUUGCCGGAUAUUUAUCGAAAAGUCAAGUCCUAAGUUUAUACAAACCAGCAGUUAGCAAAGUCCAAAAUCUGCACUUUUUUCGUUUACUCUAGAAUCAACUCAUUUCUAUUCAACCAUACAAAUCUCCUAGCAAUUUUUUACCAAAAUACAAA